AUGCAGGCGACGACGUCGGAGUACACUGAGGGAGGGUUUGUGGUGAGGGCGCCGCCCGAUCGCACCCUCCGUAGGGAGGUCCUGAAAUGGAUCCAGGGUCUGGACCUGUCGCAUUCGCUGAGGAACGUGCGCAGGGACUGCGCGAACGGGUACAUAAUCGCGGAGAUAUGCAGCAGAUACUUCCCGACCGAGGUCAGCAUGCACUCGUACGCCAACGGGACGAGCACAAAGGUCAAGGAGAACAACUGGGACCUCAUAUCGCGCUUCUUCGUGCGGACUAUGCCAAAGAUCGCCCUGGACCCGGGCGCCAUCGAAGGAGUCAUGAGGGGCUCGCCGGGGUACGCGGUUGACAUGCUGGAGAUGCUGUACACCAAGUUCACCCUGAAGAAACUCCCGUCCAUGGUACCGCUGAUGGAUGAUUCGUCGUACGGCGGGCCGCUGGAUUUGAGCGUGCAGCGCAACAGGGAGGUGUCGGUUAAGGGGGAGCUGUCACCCGGUCAUCGGAAGCCGCAGACGUUGACGCGGCGCGGCGACGGGGCCGCGGCGGUCAAGUUCCAAGGGAUCAAGACGCUGCCGCAGGAGACGGCUGCGGCGGCGAGAAAGAGGCUGGCGCUAGGAGUGAUGCUAGACGCCGACGAAGAUGCGUAUUGA